AUGAAGGGUAGCUACCAAAGGGAUAUUGCAGGAGCAAAGGAGCAAACAAACUGGCAAACUCCUGCAAAAAUAGGAGCAAGCCGGAGUUCUCAGUCUCCUGGUCUCUGGGAGUGUCAAAAAUGUUCUUUAUUUGCAGGGUAUAAUGCCAAAAAAGGCGAAAAAUCCGUUGAUUUUUGCGGAUCUCGUAUCUAUCAAAAAAGGGGCAAAAAGGGGCGGAGAUGGAUAUUCAAACGGGCUCUCUUGUGGGAGGUGCUGGCCGUGACGGCGAUUCGAACCUACGGCGUCGGACCUGUUUUGGAGGGUGCAUGGCUGCCUAUGGCCGCCGAAAACUGUUCAGACGUACCAUCCCCAACUUCGACAGUCGGCAGGACGGCAUGA